AUUCAGUUCCCGCAUACAAAGAGGAUUAUAUAGAGUGCGUUUCUGUAGCUCAGCGUAGAUGAGAGGGCUUGAGUUGAGAACAUAGUAGCUAAUACAACAAAGUUUUACUGCCAGUAGGUUCCACGUUCAUACUACUGUCUGGAUAACAGGAGAGAAAGCACGCGUGCGUGCAAUACCAGUGCGCAUAGUUCCCGGGCACUGGAUUUGUUUCUUGUCCUGGCGUUUGGAAAUAAACAUCAAAAGCAAGGAUCCUUUUUUGGGGAAAGCGGCCAACGGAACAAAGACGUGUGCUGCUGCCACCGCUGGUGACUAUUGUCAGGACCCCUAUUCGGGCGGUACAGAGGGGCUGAAUGCUAAGGCCGGCGGGGGCAGACAUUCGGCCAUGACCUCCGGGAACGGAAACGGCGGGCCCACCGUGGCCGGCAGCACGCCGCAGAACGGCGAGAGCAAGCCGCCCCAGGCGAUCGUGAAGCCGCAGAUCCUGACCCACGUCAUCGAGGGCUUCGUCAUUCAGGAGGGAGCCGAGCCUUUCCCCGUGGAGCGCCCGUCUCAGCUCCUGGAGAACCUGAAGAAGCAGAAGCCGGCGGUGCAGCCGGACUCCGAGAAGCUCCCGCCCAACGCCUCCGCUGCCAACGCCAUCGUCACCGACGCCGAGAUGGAGGACCUGAGCCAGCCGGAGCUGAAGGAGCAGGAGGCGGACCCCAUGCUGAAGUGUGAGCUCUGCGGGCUGGUGGACUUCGCCAGCAACUUCAAACGCUCCAAGCGCUUCUGCUCCACCGUGUGCGCAAAAAGGUACAGCGUUCGGUGCUCUAAGAGGAUGGGCCUGAUCCACCCCGACCGGAGCAAAACGGAGAAAUACAAGAAGGGCCGAUCGCGCGGCAACGCCACCCCAGCCACGGAGACCAAGAAACAGCCGCCCUCGGCCCCCCCGCAGUCAGCGGGGGCGGCAGCGUCGCCGCGGCCCCCGUCCCACGCCCGGCAGGGGGGGUCCAGCCAGUGUUCGGACAUGUCCAGCUACGAGGAGCCCCCCUCCCCCCUGUCAGCGGCCAGCUCCGGGGUCCCGCGCCCCCACGGCGAGAGAGGGGCGGACCCCGGGGAGGGCCACGCCCACGAGCUGCCCCUCCUCACCCAGCACUUCCUGCCCAGCGACCCCGCCCAGUGGAACGUGACGGACGUGUACGAGUUCAUCUGCUCCCUCCCAGAUUGCCAGGAGAUUGCGGAGGAGUUCCGCUCUCAGGAGAUUGAUGGACAGGCCCUGCUCCUGCUGAAGGAGGACCACCUCAUGAGCGCCAUGAACAUCAAGCUGGGACCAGCGCUCAAGAUCUUCGCCCGAAUCAGCCAGCUCAAAGACUCAUAGCGCCCCCCCCCACCACCCCCAAAAACCUCUGCACUGAUCACAGCUGCUCUCCUGUCUAUGAGUCUGAGGCAGUGCCACAGACGUGACGGACAGGUGUCAAUCAGCCCGGAAGAGGCUCUGUUUGGAAGCCCCCCCCUCCCCCCCAGGAGUACAUCUCCCGAGCUCUGAAACGUAUACACUGCUCCACACGGUGCCCAGGAGCCCAGGAGCAUCAGCACAACCACAGGGUUCAGGCUGGCUCCCUGGCUGCUGUUGAGUUCCGGAAGUUUCCGGAGACACAUGUUCCUGCAGCUCUGGCCAGUGCUGUGGGAGAACGUGAGGGCUGGAGGUGUUUGACCAGUUGGCCACUUUCGGAAUAUGCUUUUUUUUCCCCCAAUAAUUCUAAUAUAUUUUUAUUUUUUGACUGGAACCCUAGUGGUUUAAGUGUUGUUUUUCUUUUGUUGUUAAAAAAAAAAAAGAAAAUCAAGUGUUUGUGUUGACAGAUAUGAUGUCUGUAGAACUGGGGAGAAAAGGGUGCUAGACCACAAUGGGGAGAAGGUGCUAUAUGCGCACAGCCCCGAUCAGCAGUGCAUUUAAGCUCCUCAUUCGUACCGUAAACAGCUCUGUUCAGGUGUAGCAAACUAGCUCAAGAGCAGCAUUACUGAGUUAGCCAGCUAACUGCGCUGAGUAAAACCCUGUAUCACAGAGCAGCAUUACUGAGUUAGCCAGCUAACUGCCCUGAGUAAAACCCGCAACCCUCCCAAAUCUGGAACAUGGACUGAGGUAAAAAGAGCUGUUCUGGGUUUUACUCCGUGCAGUUGUCCAGAGAACUCGGUAAUCCUGCUUUGUGAAACAGGGCCCUGGUCUCAUUACAGACUGCAUUACGAGGUGCAUACGCUGCAAGUCACAUGAUCGUUUUCUCUAUUCCGGAACAUUCUUAGCAUUUUCCUUCAAGUCUCACAAUCGGAAUGUUUUUCUUUUUUUCGCUCCUGUUCUCUCAAUUUUUGAUUGACACAGGUUACCAAAAUAAAAAAGGGAAUUAAAUUAAAUUCAAAUGCUUAAAGUCACCUCUACCUGACAAUUGAAAUUCAACAGUUUAUCCAAGACAUGGAAAAGGGUUUAUGAAAUGAAUCUGGAUUUUAUUGAGCCCAAAUCGUUAGUCUUGCCGCAUGGCCAUUAUAUCAGAUCUUCUGCAACAUGUCACUGUUAUGUCCAAUAUUUCCCUGAACCCUGUUCACCAAAGACAACGCUUCCCUGUCUUUACAGACGAUUCUAUUUUCUUAUUCCACCAAAUGGCAUCUUAAAACUCCUCCCUUUUAUCACUCGUCUCGCCCUCAAGGUUUAAAAUGGAACCCCAACAUUUCCGUGUGUCUGUACAGAGCAGUGACACGAGGAAUCUGAAUAACUAGUUUUACACUCACAACAUAAACCUCAGCACUGAAAAUGCUAAUUGGUCACAAGACUUUUCAUUUAGAAUAAAAGUUACCUGUGGCCAAGGAGUAAAAAAAAACCCCAUCAUUUUUCCACUGCAUUAGUUCUGCAUGAAGUCAUUUACUGUGAAUUAAAAUGGUCUGUCCACAUUCCUUUUUAUAAUCCCAAGUGUCCACGGGCAGGUUGCAGGAAAUAAUCACUCUCCUUCCCCUACGUGCUGGAACACAUUCAGACAUGCGGAGGCAACACUUCACUGACUUUUAUGGGGAAUCGAGGUUUUGGGGGGUUUUGUUAUUUUGUGGGUUAGUCUCCAGGCUCGUGCCGGUCCCAGGAAACCCGCCAUCUUGGCGUUCGUACGUACAGAGACCCCCGCGUGUCUGGAGAGCCCGGUUUCUACUCCUCACGUUUUGCCUGUACAGCGUGUUUUUUUUGUUCUUGGAUUAAUGCCUUGUUUAAUUGUUUGUAUUUAUCUGAACAGGUGCUCAAAUACAAUAUUUUUUACUUUGGAGAGAGCAGUGAAAAUGAAA